UAUUAACUAAACAACAUGAAAGCUUUCGCCCUCUUGGUCUUCGCUCUGGCUUUAGCCGCACCAGCCUUCGCUGAGGUCUUGGAUCGUUGCUCUUUGGCUCGUGAGAUGUCUCGUUUGGGUGUGCCUAGGGAUCAAUUGGCCCGUUGGGCUUGUAUUGCCGAACACGAGAGUUCCUACCGCACUGAUGUCGUCGGCCCAACCAACUACAAUGGCUCCAACGAUUACGGUCUUUUUCAGAUCAACGACUACUAUUGGUGCCAACCUGCCAGCGGACGCUUCUCUUACAAUCAGUGUCACAUCGACUGCAAUGGAUUGUUGACCGACAACAUCGAACCCAUAGUACGUUGUGCCCAAGAGGUGCUGCGCAUGCAAGGAUGGUCUGCCUGGUCAACCUGGCGCUACUGCGACGGCUAUGUGCCAAGCAUUGAUGAUUGCUUCUAAGUUGGCAAUCGAUAUGAUUUUGUAAUUUGUGCGUAAAAUAAGAAAUAAAGUGUUGAG